AUGCAAUCUUUUAUGCAAGCCAUCAAAUCUUACCAAGAGAAGGUUUUGAAGCAUUCGCUCUUAAGUGCCACAACAGCUGUCAAAAACAAGCUUUUGCAGCAUGUCUCCCUUACUUCCCUCCCUUCAGGGGAUGAAUCUGGGGACAAAACAGAAGUAGAGCCUUCAGCUGUCAUGCACAAAGGGCUUGAGAAUAUGACAGUCUCAGAAGUACUAAUGACAAAGGAAGGCGAAAAAGUUGGAUCCUGGCUUUGGUGUCGCAUGGAUGACACCGUGUACGAUGCUGUCAAGCAAAUGGCACAAAAUAAUAUAGGAUCUUUGGUGGUUCUAAAACCAGGACAGGAGCAGCUGAUUGCUGGCAUUGUUACAGAGAGAGACUAUCUGCGGAAAGUAAUUGUUAAGGACAGAUCAUCUAAAUACACAAGAGUUGGGGAAAUCAUGACUGAUCAGAAAAGCUUAGUAACAGUGACUUCAGAUACCAAUGUCCUCCAGGCAAUGAAGAUCAUGACAGAUAACCACAUACGGCAUGUUCCUGUCAUAGACGGGAAGGUGAUCGGCAUGAUUUCGGUAGUUGAUGUUGUACGUGCAGUAGUAGAGCAACAAAGAGGAGAUAUGAAGCGACUAAAUGAAUACAUUAGAGGCGAAUAUUAUUAG